CGAAAAUAUAGGUACAAAAUAGUUGAGAAGUUUUGCAACAUUUCUAGAAAAUCAAUACUAGCAUAGAACAACAAGGAAAUUGUAGCUUUCAAAUAAACAAAAUCUUCUCCUAGUUGCUCUGUGGAGAAGAAAAAAGAAUUGAGUUUCUUAUUUUUCAUAAUUAUGGAAGCUCCUUUGUCAACUUGGCCAUGGGAGAAGUUGGGAAGUUUCAAGUAUUUACUGUAUGGACCAUUUGUUGCAAAAGUGAUGUACUCAAGAUAUGAAGAAGACAGCAUCAAGGCAACAUGGUGCCUACAUGUUCUCAUAUUAUGUGCACUUAGAUGUCUCAUUUAUCAAUUAUGGUCCUCUUUCAGUAACAUGUUGUUCUUAACCCGAAACCGAAGGAUCAUAAAAGAAGGGGUUGAUUUUAAGCAAAUUGACAAAGAAUGGGACUGGGAUAAUUUUAUACUCCUUCAAGCUCUAAUGGCUAGUUUAGCCUAUUACAUGUUGCCAAAUCUUGUUAAUCUUCCUAUAUGGGAUUUAAAUGGCUUCAUGGUGAUCACAAUCCUCCAUAUAGUAUUUUCAGAACCCCUUUACUACUACUUACAUAAGUGCUUCCAUGGAAGCUAUCUCUUCAAACAUUAUCACUCACUUCAUCAUUCAUCAGCUAUACCUCAACCUUUUACAGCUGGUCAUGCUACAUUUUUGGAGCAAAUUUUAUUAAGUGCAGUGAUUGGAAUUCCAAUUCUAGGGUCCUGUCUAAUGGGAUAUGGAUCAAUGGCUACAAUCUAUGGCUAUGUAUUGGUCUUUGAUUUCUUAAGAUGUUUGGGCCAUUGCAAUUUUGAGAUUAUUCCUCAUCGACUAUUUCUUGCCUUUCCAUUCAUGAAGUACCUUCUUUACACUCCAACAUACCACACCCUACAUCACACAAAGAUGGGGACAAAUUAUUGCCUAUUUAUGCCACUAUUUGAUGUGCUAGGCGACACUCUUAACCCAAAAUCAUGGGAUAUGCACACAAAAGCAAGUAUUGAAUCAGGUAAAAAUGGGAGGGUGCCAGAUUUUGUGUUCUUGGCUCAUGUAGUAGACUUGACAUCGGCGUUGCACGUACCGUAUAUUUUCAGAUCAUUUAGUUCAACUCCAUUCAGUACAAAGCUCUACAUAAUUCCUUUAUUACCUCUCGCAUUCCUGGCCAUGCUUGUCAUGUGGCUCUACUCCAAGCCCUUUUUGAACACUUUUUACAACCUAAGAGGCUACUUGCACCAAACUUGGGUGGUCCCUCGCUUUGGUUUUCAGUAUUUCUUGCCAUUUGCAGCACAAGGCAUUAAUAAACAAAUAGAGCAAGCAAUUCUUAGAGCUGAUAAAUUGGGAGUCAAAGUCAUCAGCCUUGCAGCAUUAAACAAGAACGAGGCACUAAAUGGAGGUGGGACACUAUUUGUGAACAAGCAUCCUAACCUUAGAGUUAGAGUAGUACAUGGAAAUACCUUAACAGCAGCUGUUAUCCUUAAUGAAAUUCCAAAGCAUAUCACUGAGGUUUUCUUAACUGGAGCCACCUCUAAACUUGGAAGAGCUAUUGCUCUUUACCUUUGCACUAGACAAGUUCGUGUCCUUAUGCUAACUUCAUCAACUGAAAGAUUUCAAAAGAUCCAAAAGGAAGCUCCAGCUGAAUGCCAAAAGUACCUUAUCCAGGUGACAAAGUAUCAGGCAGCUAAAAACUGCAAGACAUGGAUAGUUGGAAAAUGGAUAACACCAAGAGAGCAGAAAUUUGCUCCAGCAGGAGCACAUUUCCACCAGUUUGUGGUACCUCCUGUUUUACCCUUUAGAAGUGACUGUACAUAUGGUGAUCUUGCUGCCAUGAGAUUGCCUUCUGAUGUUCAAGGACUUGGAUCUUGUGAGUAUACAAUGGAAAGAGGAGUAGUACAUGCAUGCCAUGCUGGAGGAGUGGUACAUUCAUUGGAAGGCUGGACACACCAUGAAGUUGGGGCUAUUGAUGUACACAGAAUUGACUUAGUCUGGGAGGCUGCCUUGAAACAUGGAUUAAUGCCUGUCUCAAGUUUCCCAAAGACUGAUUAGUACUUAGUAUAUAUAUGAUUAAGUAACAAAUGGAAAUUAAUUAAUGCACCAAAAUUUCCAAUUCAAUAGCUACCCUGAAAUAAGAAUAGUAAUUCUUAAUAUCGAUCUCAUUUGUAGGUGGGGGGGAAAAAAGAAAUCAAUUUGGUUGCCUAAAUUUGCAUUUAGUUCGAUUUAUGGACUACAAAUUGAGUACAUGUCUCAAUAUUCCGUUGUAUAUGUGGAUUUGAAAAUUUGAAUUAAAUUCUUGAUUCUGUUUUCAUUA